AUGGCGUCCUCAAAACGAGCACCGUCGGUCUUGGUCACCGAUUCCCGCGAACGGCCAUCAGCUCGCAAUGGCACACAACGACCAGGAGCAAUGGGUAGCGCUGGGCGACCGAGCACCCGUCUCGUAUCAGUCGACAACAUCCUUCAGUACUCAUCAGAUAUUCCUUCCGGCCAGCCCCGAGGCCAUCCAGGCCAGCGACCAGCACGCAAUGUGCGCCGCCCAAGUGGUGUACCUACCUUCGCCUCUGCUCGAACCGGCCAGCAGGUCCCGUCCCGCACAACGAAGGUUAGCGAAAAGCUCGUACUUCUCCCUGAGGCUCCCGUCGAUGAUGAUGUCAGUGAUGAUGAGAUGGCGGCUAGGCGGGUGUCGAUACUGCGCGGCGAAGACGAGAACAGACCGCUUAAAGACGAGGAAUUAGACGUGCUGAGGAAGAGGGGCGGAAUUCGCGGCAAGAGUUAUGCGGAGCGGCUGCCUAAGAUGCAGAGAGGGGAGAAGGUUUCGAGGUUGACGGCGUAUUGUACGGCUCAGGCGUUCAAGGUGAAGGAGACGGCGGAGUUUCUGAAGACGAAACAUGAGGCCAAGACGAAGCUGUAUGAUGAUUGCUUGUACAUCGUCUAUCACUUGCCAUUGCUGCCUGGUGUGGAUGGGUAUAGGCUAAGGAGUCGACCGGUGUUGAAGACGCCAGGGACGGGAAAGACGGUGCUGGAUUUGGAGAUUGAGAGGAGUGAGAGGAGGGAUGAACAUGAGGGGUACUGGGAUGAGUACUCGUAUGGUGCGCAGGGACUGGGCGGAAGUCCUGAUACGGGGACGGUGCUGCAACAGGCGAGCAGUGCACCUGACUCGAUCGGGAGACCGGACGAUCACCAAGUGGAACAGAUUACGGUGAACCCCAUCAAUCGGUUGGUUCCAGAUGCCAAGCACUUUGCGGAGAUGUUUGUCUUCUCGUACGGAGUGGUGGUGUUUUGGAACUUUACUGAGCGACAAGAAAAGGAUAUCUUGGCGGAUUUGGCAUUUUCAGAGCACGAGACAAACAUUGCGCUUGCGACGAGACCAUUGGACGAGGCCGACUUUGAGAUGGAGGAGUUCCACUUCGAGUACAGCGCUGAUGUCAAGCGGCCGCGUGUAUUCAACGACAUGAUCACGCUGCUGCCGCGUUCAGAUCACAUGGUCAAGUUGACGAUUAGCCAUGCUAUCGCUCAGAGUACCAAGCUGUGUUUCUUUGAGGAGCGCAUGUCGGAGACGAUGUCGGACGCACAGCAUGUGCCCAAGCGGUUAGCUAUGACAGGGGAGCUCAACAUGACCCGGACGGAGAUUGUGAAGAUUUUGGGGAGGUUGUUCAAGUCGAGAGUGGAUAUUAAUCUUUCAUCUAAUAUCCUCGAUGUACCCAACUUCUUCUGGGACUCGGAGCCCACGCUGCACCCGCUCUACGUGGCGAUCCGGGAGUACCUUGAAAUCGACCCACGUAUCAAAACGCUCAACGAGCGGUGCCGCGUGUUUUUGGACUUGUCCGAGAUUCUCGCUGAUAGUGUGGCCGACUCCAAGAUGAGCUACAUCACCUGGAUUAUUAUUAUUCUGAUUAUUAUCAGCAUUAUUGUGACAGUCACGGAGGUGGGGCUGAGGUUUGGAAUGUUGUCGAGAGAAAAGGGGAAACAAGGAGAUGGGGUUGUGGCUCCUAUUGUUGGGGAUCCAGAACGGGGUGGGGGGCCAGGGAAUGUGAUUGGGGGAGGGAAUGGACAGAUUGAUUUACUGAGGAGGAGUCUGGCGGAAAGGAAUAUCACGCUGGAGGAUGUGAGGAUGUGGAAUAGCAUUUUGAACGAGAAGGAGAAGGAGGUUGUUUGUGGGGGAGAGAUUGUGGGGAGGACGUUUAAGGGGGUUUGA